AUGGUGAUUUUCAAGAUGACAGGCCUCAAGUACGCCCUGCUUUCAGUCCUUCUUGUGUCGGUAGUUUGCGUGCAGGCACUUCCACGGCAUCUACCCGACCUCAAGGGUUCACUGGCGGAGGAGUUGUACGAUGACGGCGGUCCAAGCGCGGGCUUCUACAGAUCAGCUCGGGUGCCUACUGACUUCUCCUUCAACAGCGACUUGGCACUUCUACGAAAAAUGCUCAGCGACAGUAGACCAUCAUCGCAUCGCCUGCUUAGUUUCGGAAAGUAG